GGAGGGACGGGACGAGAAGCCUGCCGGGCUCGGGGUGGGGGCGCCCUGCGAGGAACGGGCGGGGGGGGACGCGCGCCGAGGAGGCCUGGACCGCAGAGUGGGGGGCCUUCCUCCCCCCCCCGCCCCGCCAGUGGGCCUCGGAUCUACGGCGGCUGCAUCCGUCCGCGAGGGGGGCCGCGCCUAGCGUGAACCCCGACCCUUCUCCGCAGGGACUGGGGCCCAGCGCCCCGGAGGAAGGCGUCGCGGGUGCCCUGAAAGCCAAGUUCGAGGCGGGGGAGGCAGCCUCGGGCGCGCCCGGCUUCUCCGGGGGGGCGGGCGCGCAGAUGGCCACUCAGGUGGAGCCGCUGCUGCCGGGGGGCGCCCCGCUCUUGCAGGCCGAAGAGCACGGGGGUCUAGUGAGGAAGAAGCCGCCGCCGCCGCCGCCCGAGGGCAAGGGCGAACCCGGGGCGAACGACGUCGGCGGGGGGGAGCCGGACGGCGGCGCCCGGAGAUCUCGGCCGCCCUGCGCCAAGCCACACAAGGAGGGCACCGGGCAGCUGGAGCGCGAGAGCCCGCGGCCGCCGCAGCCACCCGGCGCCGAGGGCCUGGCCGUCAGCGACGGGGAGGAGGGCGGCGGCGGCGAGCCGGGAGCAGGCGGAGGAGCGGUCGGAGCCGCGGGCGCCGGGCGCCGUGACUUCGUGGAGGCCCCUCCGCCCAAGGUGAACCCGUGGACUAAGAACGCGCUGCCGCCGGUCCUGGCCACGGUGAACGGACAGUCCCCUCCAGAACAUUCUGCUCCAGCUAAGGUGGUGAGGGCAGCAGUUCCUAAACAGCGCAAAGGCAGCAAGGUUGGUGACUUUGGAGAUGCAAUCAACUGGCCCACACCUGGAGAGAUAGCCCACAAGAGUGUGCAGCCACAGCCCCACAAGUCCCAGCCUGCCCGGAAGCUGCCCCCCAGAAAGGACAUGAAGGAACAGGAGAAAGGAGAGGGGAGUGAUAGUAAAGAGAGCCCGAAAACCAAAUCGGAUGAAUCUGGGGAAGAGAAGAAUGGGGACGAGGACUGCCAGCGAGGGGGCCAGAAAAAGAAAGGGAACAAACACAAGUGGGUUCCGUUGCAAAUAGACAUGAAGCCUGAAGUGCCCAGAGAGAAACUGGUCUCGCGCCCUGCUCGCCCGCCAGAACCACGGCACACGCCUGCCAACCGCGGGGAGAUCAAAGGGUCUGAGCCUGCCACCUACGUGCCCGUGCCCAUGGCCCCCCCCACCCCAGCCUGGCAACCAGAGACCAAACCGGAGCCUGCCUGGCACGACCAGGAUGAGACAUCGAGUGUGAAGAGUGAUGGGGCUGGUGGGGCGCGGGCUUCCUUCCGUGGCCGUGGACGGGGGCGUGGUCGCGGCCGGGGACGCGGCCGGGGUGGCACUCGAACCCAUUUUGACUACCAGUUUGGCUACCGAAAGUUUGAUGGUGCAGAGGGGCCUCGCACCCCCAAGUACAUGAACAACAUCACCUACUACUUUGACAAUGUCAGCAGCACUGAGCUUUACAGCGUGGACCAGGAACUGCUCAAAGACUACAUCAAGCGCCAGAUUGAAUACUACUUCAGCGUGGACAAUUUAGAGCGAGACUUCUUCCUGCGACGGAAAAUGGAUGCUGACGGUUUCCUUCCCAUCACCCUUAUUGCUUCCUUCCACCGAGUGCAGGCUCUUACCACUGACAUUUCACUCAUCUUUGCGGCCCUAAAGGACAGCAAGGUGGUGGAGAUCGUUGAUGAGAAAGUGCGCAGGAGGGAGGAGCCGGAGAAGUGGCCUCUUCCUGGUCCCCCAAUAGUGGAUUAUUCCCAGACCGAUUUCUCCCAGCUUCUCAACUGCCCCGAGUUUGUGCCCCGUCAGCACUACCAGAAGGAGACAGAGUCCGCACCUGGCUCUCCCCGUGCAGUCACCCCAGUGCCAACCAAAACAGAGGAGGUCAGCAACCUGAAGACACUGCCCAAGGGCCUGUCUGCCAGCCUGCCUGACCUGGAUUCUGAGAACUGGAUUGAAGUGAAGAAGAGGCCGCGGCCGUCCCCAGCACGACCCAAGAAGUCCGAGGAGCCCAGGUUCCUCCACCCGACCUCUCUGCCUCCGCAGCUGCCCGCUCAGCAGCUGACGUCCAAGGAGCAGGAUGAGCAAGAGGAACUGGAUUUCCUGUUUGACGAGGAGAUGGAGCAGAUGGAUGGGAGGAAGAACACCUUCACCGCCUGGUCUGAUGAGGACUCUGACUAUGAGAUCGAUGACCGGGAUGUCAACAAGAUCCUCAUCGUCACCCAGACGCCACCUUACAUGCGCCGGCACCCCGGGGGGGACCGCACUGGCAACCACACCUCUCGUGCCAAGAUGAGCGCCGAGCUGGCCAAGGUCAUUAACGACGGGCUCUUCUACUACGAGCAGGACCUGUGGACUGAGAAGUUCGAACCUGAGUAUUCCCAGAUCAAGCAAGAAGUCGAGAACUUCAAGAAAGUCAACAUGAUCAGUCGGGAGCAGUUUGACACACUAACCCCAGAGCCCCCCGUGGAUCCCAACCAGGAGGUCCCUCCUGGGCCACCCCGCUUCCAGCAAGUUCCCACUGAUGCCCUGGCCAACAAAUUGUUUGGUGCUCCUGAGCCCUCCACCAUCGCCCGUUCUCUACCAACCACUGUCCCGGAGUCGCCAAACUACCGCAACGCCAGGACCCCCCGCACUCCCCGGACACCACAGCUCAAAGACUCAAGUCAGACAUCACGGUUUUACCCAGUAGUGAAAGAAGGACGGACACUAGACGCCAAGAUGCCUCGGAAAAGGAAGACAAGACACAGCUCGAACCCGCCCCUGGAGAGUCAUGUGGGCUGGGUGAUGGAUUCCCGUGAGCACAGGCCCCGGACUGCUUCCAUCAGUUCCAGCCCCUCAGAAGGGACACCUGCAGUUGGCAGCUAUGGCUGUACCCCUCAGUCAUUGCCCAAGUUCCAGCAUCCUUCCCACGAGCUGCUCAAGGAAAAUGGCUUCACACAACACGUCUACCACAAAUAUCGUAGGCGCUGCCUUAACGAGCGGAAACGCUUGGGCAUUGGCCAGUCUCAGGAGAUGAACACUCUCUUCCGCUUCUGGUCCUUCUUCCUCCGAGAUCACUUCAACAAAAAGAUGUAUGAGGAGUUUAAGCAGCUUGCUCUGGAGGAUGCCAAAGAAGGCUACAGAUAUGGUUUGGAGUGCCUUUUUCGAUACUACAGUUACGGCCUGGAAAAGAAGUUCCGGCUAGACAUCUUCAAGGAUUUUCAGGAAGAGACGGUGAAGGACUAUGAAGCUGGCCAGCUCUAUGGGCUGGAGAAGUUCUGGGCCUUCUUGAAAUAUUCCAAAGCCAAAAAUUUGGACAUUGACCCCAAACUUCAAGAAUACCUCGGCAAAUUCCGACGUCUCGAAGACUUCCGAGUGGAUCCCCCCAUGGGUGAGGAGGGCAACCACAAACGACACCCAGUGGCGGCAGGAGGUGGCGGCGGUGAGGGCAGGAAGCGGUGCCCUUCCCAGUCUUCCAGCAGGCCCUCCACCGUGAUCAGCCAACCCCCCACACCACCCACUGGCCAGCCCGUCCGGGAAGAUGCCAAAUGGACAAGCCAGCACUCGGACACACAGACUUUGGGAAAGUGAAAAAGCCCCUUAGCCCUGGGGUUUUGGAGGGGGGGGAUGGGGGGUUGGGUAAGAGUCCAUGGGGGUGCCCAGUCCCAGGAGAGGGGACAGAGAAGGGACAGGCCUAGAGUUAUUAGCAUGGGCCUUUGUGCUGAGUAGCAACAUGUACACCAUUUGGGCUAUCAGAGGUACCCCUGGGCAGGAGCCUCCACACACCCCCUUCCCCCUCCUCUCUCCAUGACUCUUCACAUCCUAGCUUCUUCUAAGGGGGGAGGGAAAGGGGGGAGAUUUUUUUUAUAUAUAUAUAUAUAUAUAUAUAUCAAGUUUUAAAUUAUUGAUAGUUCGUCUGGAUUACCAAAAUCACUCUGCAGCCCUGCCCACGGCUGGUAAGCCGUAACCCUGGUUCCCACCCACAGCCUCCUCCUGCUCCCACUCAACCAACUAUGCAGCCCACAAGAAGGCCCUGUGGGCCCCAUUGCCCAGCACUGUCCCAUGGAAGGCUCUGGCAGCGUCCCUGGGCCCCACGAGCACCAGCCCCCUCAUCAUCUGGGGCUUACCAUCACCAUGUUCUCCCCCUGCUGUCCCCACCAUGCCCUUCUGCCAUGUUCUGGGAGAAGGAAACCAAAGGAUCUAGAAGUGGGAGUGGGGGAAGGUUUCAGCCUCUCUCCACUCCCCUCUCCCCAUGCCCCUUACUCCCCAGCCCAGAGAGACGCUGCUCAUACCAGAAAAGACUAUUGAAAGAUGAUUUAUUUUAUUUUUCUCUGACCUUUCCAUCCUUGGAAAAAUGGAAAAACAAACAAAAAAAAAAACAAAAAAACAAAAAAAAAAAAAAAAAAACAAAAAAACAAAAAAAAGACAAAAUCGACCAUAAAAGACCAAAAAAAUAAAUCAGAAAACCCCCACCUAAUCCACAGAAAGUGAUGUCUUUCCCCAGCCCUUGGAUUUUGUUUUGUUUUGUUUUGUUCUUGGAAAUAAUAUUUUUUUAAAAGUUGCCUUAUUGUGGAGCGGGAAUCUGAAAUACCCAAAUGCCUGUUUUCCUCGGUGGAGUCAACUCGAAGAGCUCACACCUUCUCUGGAUGUGCCUGGGCUGGAUUGGCUAGAAUCUUUCUCUGGACUGAGUUGCAUGUACAGUGCCUCCUGCCUAUAGGCAAGAGGGUUGGGGGCGGCUCAGAUCAGAGCCUUGCCUGAAAUACCCCUGCUGUUGCAUCGUUCGAAGCUGACGUCCUGUGUCUAUACGCUGCUGCCACUGUCGUGUCCUCGCUCUGCUUGCUGUUGCUUCACGACAGGCCCCGUCCUGCCGUGACACCCUUCAUCUGCCCUCGGAUCCCCAAGGCCAAGCGUGCUUCAAACUGUUGAAGAAGAGCAUUGGCCUGGAUCUGGGACACACUUGGCCUCAGCUUGACCGUCUCCCCAACCUCAAAGGGGAAAAGUGAACACCUGGCAGCUGAGGCUUGGAAAUACGUUGCCCUGAAAGAUCUGAGGCCUCGAGGAGGCUCUGUCUCAUCAAAGGUGGAGAAGGAUGCCAUUCUCCCUGGGGUCUGGUGGGGUCUCCCCAUCUUGCAUCCCCCUUCUGCAAGCCAUCUCUGCCCAUCCUCCAACUGACCCUGCCUGGGAACGAGGGACAAGGAGGAUUUGGGGGCUGGGGGGAAUCCUGCCAGUUGGAGAAGCCCCGCGGCAGGAAGGUAUAUGUGGACAUAGAGUAUACCUGACUUCUCUUCUCCAGCCACUGACUGCUUGGGUUGGGCUGUGAGUGAUAAUGGACUGGCUGGAGUCUACUGACAUCCGAAGCUAGGGAGGGUGACCGAAGGACUGACCCACACAGACUGGGCUGUGUGUUGGGUGCGGGCGUGAUGACAUAGUCACCCCCAGUGUGGACCGGGCAGCACAGAGAAGUUGAUGGUAGUGUUGCUCAGUUGCUGACACUUCAUUGGCCCUCUUUUUAACUGUCCUCUGCUGGGCCCGAAGAUUGGGAGUCGGAGACAGUAUCCCAGGCUGGCAAGGGCUUGCCCUCUGUCACGGGCACCUCAUUGCUUUCAGCCUGUGCCCUCUCCCACCUCUGCCCUCCCAGUGGUUAUUGUGUGGGGAGCCCACCUCAGUUCCUGUUACCCGGUUGUCUCGAAAGCCAAGGAUGAGUGUGUCUGGUCACUGCUCUAAAAGUGGGAUCUGAGGCCUUUCCCUGCCCAGUCUGGUGCCUGCCCCCCGUUGUACCAGACACUGGACUCCUGCACCCCCUCCUCCUUCCCUUUAUCCCCCUUCAUUCCUUCGGGUCGCUCAGCCCAGUACUGUAUCCAGCACCAUAGAACCUCAGUGUUUGUCCUCUGCUGGGUUUGGGGGCACAAGGAAGCCUUGGGGGUAUGGGGAAAGGCUGUUCUUAUCUUGAGUUUACUCCCAGGCCAGGGGGCUGCCAUCCCCUCCCUGAUCCUCCCACAGACACCCCAGAGGGAGGAAGCCCCUUUGGGGUGGGGAGGUGAGGACUUCAUCUCAACGUUGGCUGAGGAUGGGGGGGGGGAAGAGGGCUUUUUUUUUUUUUUCUUUCUUUCUUUCUUUUUUUGUAACAUGUUAGGAGUUAAUGUUGCAAAGAGUAGUUUACAUCUUCACUUUCUGAAGACACUUGAAUUUAGGACCGACGUAUCUGUGACAGGCAUGCCGGGAGCGGCCAGAGCCAUCAGGGUUGGCCGCUCCACACCCACCACCCUCCUGUGGGGGUCCAAGACCUGAGACACAAAGCAGCAGCCUGCCCAAACCCUUCUGCUCAUCCUGUACCCUUCCACGCUCGGUCCAUACCAGGACGACCUUUGGGCAUCAAACAUCACAAGGUCUGUGUGCCUCAGCCCUGCUAAGGGGCCGGUUUCUUUCGCCCCCUCCUGAAUCUGGGAGCAGAUGCACUACCAGAAGAGAGGGGCUGCCUGGGCCUGCCCCAGCCUGGACCCCCGGGGCUCAGGUCCAGGUGCCGAGCCCCCAUGUCAAAGUUGUUAACGUUUUUGUUUUGUUCAUUGUAGCUCUUUUUUUUUUUCCCCUUUCCUGAUGAUUGAUUUUACAAAAGAAAGUAAGCUGCUCAGAAGGCCCUAGAAGUGGGGAGGAGGGGCAAGGAAGACGAGCUAGGGCGGGUGAGGGUGGUUUUUUGCCAAAAAGCCUGGGUACAACGGUCUGGGUCAUCUGGUGCCCUCCUGAGUGGGACCCCAAAAUGUAUCCUGUCUGGAAGGGUCCCUGGGUUUAUUUGCCCCAGCCCCCACCCUCUCCUUCAGCCAUGUUGAUGGCAGAGGCAGAGAAGAUCAGAACUUAUAGCCCAUUUCUCACUGGAGAGGAAAACUUGUCAUCUGGCUUUGCGGAGAAGGUUCCACCUUAUGCUCAUAGUACAUUAUCUUUACCAUGUGCUAGGAUAUCACAUUUAAAAGGACAAAAAAAAAUGUAAAAUACUUGAAUGAGCUUGUAUUAUAACAUUAAUAUUAUUGAGAAUAUCUGCUUUCCAGGCUGAAGUGAUUCAUUCAUUAUUCUAGUCCUGCUUUAGUCCUUUGUAAUUUGUGGUAAUUAUGCUUUUCUUUUUAAUACAAAAAAAUGUAUAAAAAUAAAAACUUGAAAAGGCAAA